AGUUAUGCAAUUUGCAUAUUACCCGGCCUGGUUGCCUGCAAGCGAAGCGUUGAAAACAUGUCUGAUGUCGUGACGAGUCCAUUAUUCGAGGCUUACACUGACUUUUCCCACUGCGGACAUGACAGAGCAUCGUUUAUCUGGAUUCGAGGAAAGCACGGUGUGACGGCUGGCUCUGUUAGUAUAGAGAAUUUCAUUUCACUUCCCACGCCUACUGCCGAAAACAAGAAAAUUACGAAAAAGGGAAAAAUUCAAGGAUCAAUCUCAUUCACAGGAGGAAGGGACUACAUCGGAUAGUCCUAAUACACAAUAGCAGCAUUUCUCAAGAACUUCAAGUUCACCAAUCAUAAAUUCCGAAAAGAGGACAUCCAAAUUAAUAGAAUAGACUCACGGUAACAACUUGCUUUCGUCAUCUGUCCAAGAACAGCAGCACACUUUAGAUAUACUAUAUGAAGCUUGGAUCAACAUUUGUCACAAUUUUUGAAAAUAUAUUUUAAGAUACUUGUACGAACUUACUGCUACUG